CAGUUUUUUACCCAUCCAGCGGUGCACAGUGAAUUGAAUCGUAAGUGGCGUGGUCGCGAUUUGGAAGAAUGUAAGCCUCGGCAUCUGAAUUUCUUCAAGUUUUGGUGUAUUUUUGACCUUGUGUUUUCACCAAUCCUGCUUGGUCUGUUUUCUCCGCGGAACAAGCCGACAGGUACACUGUUUUGAACCGUUUUAAUGAACUGUGUUAACUUUGAUUAAAGUGGACUGUAGUUGCUUUAUAUGGAGAUGAUUUCGUCCACGGAAUUUGGACUAACUUAAGUCGGAAUAUAAACAUUUUAUAGGCCAAUGGUGCUAAGCGUAACACAAUUGAAAAAUCAGGUUGUAGCGGAAAACCGCCAGUUCCUAUUUUUUGACAUAGUAGUUACUGAAGUGAUCUCGGGAAAAGAGGCUGUAAAUAUUCUUUUUUUUAGAAUAACUAUUUUUAACGUCAAAGAAUUUCAAUUUUCUUGUAAAACCAACAACAUUAACCUCAUUUUUCCAUUAGGACAUUUUUAAAGCUUCACAUGCACCCGUGGGACAGGGAAAAUAACGCGUGUUGAAAAAUUAAAUUCAAACUCUGGAAUUUCUUUGCAGUCUUGUAGACUGAGGCCUGUUUAUUUUCAGACCCUCUAGGAGGAAUGUGUCUAUCUUAGCAGAGGCUAGAAGUAGUCAAAGUAGUCAGCAAAAAUGAACAAAAGACAAAUUAAAACAUUUUCUUGGAAAACGCAUAGUCACAUGUGCACGUACAUCCAUCUUGUUUCGCCUUGCGGCUUAGAAAACUUUGUAUACUAAAUGCGUAGCUAAAAGCGCGCUUGUUUGGCUUCUUGGCUUUGAGAACGCGGUAUUAUACUGUUGGCCCUACUGUAUAAUUUUUACUUUGUUGUCUCAACGCUGAUUUUGUCCAUUCGUAUGACGCAUACUAGUCGAAAACUUUCUCACCGUCUCCUAAUUGAGUGAACUCACUGAAUGAGAUGGAUUUCGGUCGACAACCGUCUGCUUGUCAAUUCGACACCAUGCAACUGCACCAUGCACCAUGCAACUGUAUGGGUUAAAAACCUAUUUUUCGACUUGUAUCAAGCCGACCGGUAGUAUUGCACACGACCGCUCAUUAAAAACCUGAAUCCUUGAGGAAGUCUAAUUAGCUUAUUGCCCCCGCAGGGAUUUCGCCCAGAAGGCGAAAUCCCGAGGAGGAACUCUAGUAACUCGCGCGUAUAUUAAGGAAAGUACUUACAGUUGAAAUAUACAGUCAGUAUGCCAGAAAAAGUCUCGAUUUGCCUGAACAGGGGCCGCGAGGAAUCGGUAGGUAAUGAUGACGUUUCUGUUGUUUGCGCCCGCAAGUACGAAAUGGUUAGGAUGACGUAAAGACAGAAAAUCCCGAAGGGACUGCUUAGGUAGAUUUUGUGACAUUUAUUGUGCAGUCAUACUUCGAUACUCUUUUUCGUUACGUGUUAUCAGUGACAUUCUGUGGAGCAGUUGUUUUGAAAGUUAUAUGGACCAAAAGACACUCGUUAAGCGCAGAUGAAGUUAUAAAGUGCGUAUAACUGUUUAUAUAUGAACACUUGGAGAGUUUGCCAGACACGAGUUCACAAAUCUUAGAUUGGAAACCUUGCCAGACACUCUUUCUCUCUCUUUGACCGGAAUAAGACUCAGCCCCAAACAAGCGAGACACGUGAACAACGGCUAGCUUAUCAGUAGCAGAACGAUGGACGAUUACAGAAAUUCGCUGACAAUCAAGUUCUGUGCUGACUUAUUCCCUGCUCACAGAUGUCCUUCCCUUAUAAAGUUUAAAAUAAGACAAGAAUGCACAAGCGUAAAUUGAUCAAACAUCCUUUUAAUCUCUAAGCUUACUUUCCGGCAAAUAAAAUGAACUGAAUGUAAAAAGUGAAAGAGAAAUAGCGAAAAUUCAGCUUCUAAUUAAAUCUUUCAGUUCUUAUGGUUCAGAAUAAACUAUUCUCGCAACUGAGAAUGUUUUGAUCAAAGCUGUGUAAAUCGAACAGGAACUGUGCAUGGAACCUUGCGUUUCCUGUAUUUAUCUCACCUAUUGUAUGGAAUAUGUGUGAAAAUCUUCAUAUGAAUCGGUAUAUUUCAACGAGCUGACGAGCAAGAAUACUAUUGACCGACAAUAUACAGAGCGGGGGCAGCCGUAGUGUCAACUAUUACUAGUUAUAUCGAGAUGGUCGCGAAAUAGAGCCGGAAGGAGAGCCCAGACAACUUUUUCGGUAGUUAUAUCAACCUUUUACUGAGUUAUUUUGGGAAGUGUCUUGAAUUUUAAUUGCAAUCAAAUAAAUGUUUUGUGUUGAUUUUGAUUGUAUGUUUGAAAAAAAGAACUCAACAUAAAUAAAUAAACAAAAUAUAUUCUAUAUAUCCAUUAGCGCCCUUGUAUGUAAACAAAAACUUUAAGUAAAACAAUUGUUAUUCCAGAUAAGAAAACUACAGCCAAAAAAAAAAAUCAUUUUCGACUUCUCAACAACUCCGAUUUUUGAUUUUCAGAAGACUCUCACUCCAACGCAAGUGAAGACACUCCAACAAGAGAGCAGCCUUUAAAGGUAGCCAAAGCAGAUCGAGAUGAUCGCGAAAUAGGGCCGGAAGGUGAGCCCAGACAACUUUUUCGGUAGUUUAUAUCAACCUUUUACUGAGUUGUUUUGGGAAGUUUCUUAAAUUUUAAUUGCAAUCAAAUGAAUGUUUUGUGUUGAUUUUGUUUGUUUGUUUGAAAAAAAGAACUCAAGAUAAAUUCCAUAUCUCCAUUAGCGCCCUUGUAUGUAAACAAAACUUUAAAUAAAACAAUUGUUAUUCCAGAUAAGAAAACUACAGCCACAAAAAAAUCAUUUUCCAAAGCGUAUCUGGCUUGCCUGAGAUCUCCCCGCUACAAGUUUUUACGGGAUACGCUGAGCUACAUAAUCAUGCUUUUCCUUCACUACGCACUCUGCUUGUCACCUUCAACCAUUGCGUUUAGUGGAUUAGAGUGGACCAUCCUCGUUUUCUACGUUGGUCGCUUUGUGGCAGAGUUGAAGCAGAUUUCCUGUAUUAUGCAAUGGUUAAGACAUCCGGAGAAAGAAACUCUUAAGUGCUACUGUUUCAGGAUAUUCUCAGUAUAUUGCAGGUAAAGAAGACGUUUAAAUGAGUCCGUGCAUUUGAAGUUAACUAAUAUUUUAGAAUUAGGAAAAACCGAAAGGCGAACCUUCAAUAACACACACACACAAAAAAACAACAACAACAAAAAACAAUGAAGAAUAUUCAAACCCAGUCAUUUCUUUAGCAGUAUAGCUAAAAGACAUAACUAGAAAAUUGAGACAGCCAAACAUAAACUAUAAAACGGAUAAUUAAAUGUUGUAAGUAACGAUUAUUCUGAAAACGUAAAGAGAGAAAAGUUUUGUUUCCAGCCGGGAAUGAUACUGUGAACAAAGUAAAGACAAUCUUUUAGUUAAACAUUCAUAUGAUACCCAUUUCAAGGUGGCAACUAGCUAAAACAGCUCAAAGAAGCUUUUGAUUUUAUCAAACUGUAUCUUAAAAGUAACUGUUACAAAAAGAAGUUAACAAAAAUUCAAAAGAAUUUCCUAUCUGAAAUUAGGAUUGUUGGACAGAUUUUAUAUAAGCAUUAAGGCAUAACAAACUUACCAUUUUUGCCAAGGGUCAAAAAGCUUAGAAAAAAUAAUUUCCUCUCAAUCUUAGAUUUUAUCACAAAUAUUCAAUUGGUUGUGUUAUGCAAUUAGCAGUUAUUAGAUGAUGCUGAGAAUGAUACGAAGAAUUAUGCAGAUCGAGGAGUGUGAUGACCGCUGAGACCAAAGGACAAAAUAUUUUAUGAGAGGUUCCGUAGAAAUAUUUUCAAACUUUCCGACAGAGGGGCAUGAAACACAAGCAUUUGGUUUUAUCAACUGAGUUGCCACCGCAGGAGGAUAGAGAGGCUGAAGCUUCGAGUGCUAGCCCUUCGUCAGAGCGAGUCAGGAAAUUGUGGGUUAUGUGUGGUCCAUGAACCGUGGUUGGAGCUGUGUUAUUCGGUGCGAUCAUGGUAAAGGGAAAAACAAAGAUAAAUUAUUUGAAUUCGUUUAUUCCGUGGGGAAUACGAGUGCCUGUUUGAAAGAUACGUUUUUGCUAUGGAUUUUUUUGCUGCUUUCCGUGUUGCCUCAAGAGAGAACGCAGGUUGCCAUGUUUUGGCUGGAAUGAUUCGCAAGAUUAAAAUGGCGAACUACCGGUUUUGAUGCGUCUUUGUCGUUUCUUUCAAUAUCUUGAAGAUGGUCGUGGAAAGGGUUGCCUAGUUUUCGGCUUGUUUCGCCUGUGUAUGACUUUUUGCAUUAAGCAUACAGGUGAUGUAAUGGAUGACAUAACCGGAUGUGCAUGUUAAACCGCGGUCAGUGAUCUUAAAAUACUGUUUUGUUUCCGUGCCCACGCGGUACGUUGUGGAUGAAAGGACACGUCAGGUUUUGCAUCGUUUGCGCGCGGAUUUGAAGGUUCCAGGUUGGUCGGCAUCAGAUUUUAGGGUGCUUCUAGCUAAAAAAGUUGCCGAUGUUUUUUGUCGCGUUUAAAAGAAAUUAGUUGUGGUUGUGUUAAUAUUCUGCCUCUUUCAGGAUCGUUUUGAAGUAAUUUAAUUUUUAAGAACGAUGCUGUUCACUGCGUGAUAGUGUGGAUGAAAAGUUAGAGUGAGUGGAAUUCUCGCGUUUGUUUUCUUCUGUGACGAAAAACCAGUAGCUCGCUAUUUUAAUACUGCUAAUCAUUCCAGCCAAAACAUGGCGGUCUGAGGUGUCUCUUUUCACCGGGCGACGCAGUAAGCCGCAAGAAUCUACAGCAAAAGCUUAUCUUACAAACUCAGCACGCGUGUUCCCCAACAGAACUUCGCAACGAAAGCAAUUUAAUUAAACUGAUAUAUUCUUGUUUUUUACGUUACCAAGAUAUCACCAAUAAUACAGCUCCAACCUACGGUGUGACGAUAGUUUUUGCCCUUCCAAGCACAAAUCGGGGAAAUAGGCGUUAAGAGAAUUCGAAGUGACUUGGGCGUAAGAACAACAAGGGGAAAACUAACUCUGCAACUCGCUUGGCUAGCGGGAAAGGAACUCGUCACUAUUCCAAGGUACUAGGAUCUGCUACAACGGGAAACAGGACAGGACUCAAACCUGGACUUUAACAGUUUAAUCUUCAGCUCGUGAACGUAAAUCAUACAGUCAAGCAAAUCCGCAAUGUAAAUCGAAAAACAGGAAUAACAGUGCUCUAUUUAUACUAACCGAUCAACUUAUUACAACAUCACAAAACAAACGGAAAGAAGGCUGAAUAAAAUCAGCCGAACAGCGAAAACAAAUCUGGAUAAAUUCAGUUUUAAAGUUCAUAUGUUAAACUAAAUAACUCAAAAUUAAAUGUCAGUCAAGCAAGUGAAUUUUAGGAAACUUACAAAGAAAGCUGUCUAGAAGAAUUCGAGUUUCCUUUGCUCAGGAUUCCAUGAAAUGUCAAAACUAAAACCUACGAACGGUUGGUAUUUGAACAGGCGAAAGAUCCAGUUAUUCAAAUCUCAAAUCUCAAAUCUUUAUUUUAACACGGUAAAAAAAUUCAUCUGGUUUUUCCUUACAUAUAAAGUACUGGUUGCUUCACAAGUACAACUACAUAACAAUAAUUCAGUGACUAAGCGGUGUAAUUAUCCAGAAACAAAUUAUCCUUUCAAAAGUAAACAUUGAAGUAGAAUGUGUAUAACUUUAGGGAACUAAAACAACUCAAUACAAAUUCAAUUUAAAUUGCGGCUAACACAACUUCAAAGGGAAUAUUUAAAAGCUAGAUAUAAAAUUCGAAUCAAAUAAAGAAUACAUGGGAAAUCUCUCCUUACAUUCCUCCCACCUUAAAAAAUUUCGACGUCCUCGUGGAAGGAAACUGAACUAAAAAGUACUUGGGGCACGGAACACAAAUAGCUUCAAUUUCGUAACUGAUAAUAGAACCAUGAGCUUUGAUCUCACUCUGAUCUGUCACAAAUUGCUCGCGAACUUUUUCUCUCUAAGGCAUAUCUUUAAGGCAAAACUUAAUAUUGACUGGACUAAACAGUACUUAAACAUCAAUGAGUAUCAUGACAAUUGGAAUUCCUAUAAAUGGUUUUUCGUGUUUCUCCUGCGAACUAUGUAAACUAUAUAAGCUGAUUUUCUGGGACGGUAUUUUUCUACACAAAUAUCUUAACACCGAUCUAUCUAAGCUGAAAUAAAGUUCCUUGGGUGUAACGGUGGUUGCUUCACAAGUACGGAAAGGCACUCGUUGUAUCUUUCUCUGAACGGUGCUCACGGCGCUGUGCAAUGCAUGGAUUAACGUAAGGCCUCUCUUUGGACAUGAAUUCGUUGUUUAGGGUAGAACUGCUUCGGGGAACGUCAUAACUGCUGGAAAAUCGGCAUCACUUGACGUCAUAGGUGGAAACUGUUUUGUACUUCUCUGUUGGACUGGCUGAGGCGGCUCUCUCAUUUUCUUGGAUUCAUCAGUUGCUUGUCCAAUUUUAUAGGGCUCUUUUGGAUCAGGCACCGUUGCCUGCGAUGCAGUCAGUAGGUAUAAAGCGAUACAAAGCGCGGUCAAAAAGGAUUGACGGUUCAAUAAACGAGAAACAUUCGUCUUUCCACUGGGGCGGGUUGCGGGAAUCAGCUCUAAACGGCGAUUACUUUCCUUUGGCACAUGUGUUUCAUCAGAGGCUGAUGGAAAGAAUAAAGUUCCUUUGAAAGCUGGGGGUAGGGCACGUUUUCUUGAGGCCUUGUUUUGCUUAAUAGGAAUUUUCUCUGUGGCAGAAUUUUCCUCAGUGAAUUCUUCACUACGGUUUGGCUGUACGGGGCUUUGUUCGCAAGUCAGCCUUUUGCUAAUUCUCUGUCUGGGUAAGGUUCAUCUCUUUUGCCAUCCAACUGUAAGGUACUCUCCUUUAGAUUGAUAAUGGCUCCAUUUUCUCGCAGGAAAUCUCUUCCUAGAAGUGCGUUAUAAGGGAGAUCUUGAACCACUAUGAAGGUGCAUGAGUAACUUCCAUUGGCUAUGUCUAAAGCAGUCGUGAACAUACCCAGGACUGGCAAAGCUUCGCCACUCACGGUUUCUACAUCUCCUAAGUUGUCAGUCUGGAGUAGGAGAAGUUGUUCCUUGUAGACUUCUUGCAGGACUUCUCUGUCAAUUACGCUAACUGCCGCUCCGGUGUCGACAAGUGCUUUAAUGCUGUGUCUAUUCAAUUGUGCACUGACGGUCAGAUCUCUAGGCUUAGCCUUUGAACUUUUAGUCUGGGAGCAUCUGUAAUCCCGUGGAAUUUUUGUGAAAAAAGCAAGCCACCUAUCUAGAUGUGAACCUUAAAGUACUUGAAAACUAUCUUUAAUGACAACAGAUUGUUACCAGAAUUACUCCUAUAACACAUAAUAGUGUAUCUGACUUGAAAACGUAUCUGUUAAGCAAUUAAUCUGGUCAUGUGACCACAAUAGCAUGGAAACGAGGCUUCACCUUAAAGUACCAGAAAACCAUCUUGAAUGACAACAGAUUGCUAUCAUUAUUACUCAAAUAGCACGUAAUAGUGUAUGUGACUUUACAACGUAUCUGUUAAGCAAUUAAACGGGUCACGUGACUAGGAUAGCAUGGAAGCGAGGCUUGAGCUUAACCCUCCGUUUGGCAACCACUAAUAGCAAGUAGUCCAUACAGGAAAAAGUAAACUUGAAGUGCCUUUCAGGUUAUGUAGAACUGAAAAAGUUAUUACAGAAGCCUUAAAACGAGGCCGCACCAUAAAAAUCCCUUUAAGCUUUUUUUUUUCCAAUGACGUACACAAACAACAUGAUAUUAAUUUGAGGAGGACUCGGAAAAAAAAUCCGAGUCCCAGAUGGGAUUUGAACCCACGACCCUCCGUGAUCUAGUCGGAUGCUCUAACCACUUGAGCUACUGGAGACUCUAUGGUGAGCAAGGGCCAAUUUGUGGGUCUCGACUGGAACCGCAUCACGCGGCUACACAGCCAAGUAAUGACUGGCACACAAGAACUCACUAACAGCAUCGCGCUGUCACCUUAAAGCAUAUCCAAGAUGCGGCCAACCAACCUCCAAAGUGAGUAUAUUAAAGAUGAAACAACAACAACAUGAUAUUAAUUUGAGGAGGACUCCGAAAAAAAAUCCGAGUCCCAGAUGGGAUUUGAACGCAAAUCCCAUCUGGGACUCGGAUUUUUUUUUCGAGUCCUCCUCAAAUUAAUAUCAUGUUGUUGUUGUUUCAUCUUUAAUAGACCUACACAAAACAAUAAAAAUGCGAUUUCCUUACUGUCAGGGCUAGACAGUCACUACAAGAUGUUCUAGUUACCACCCUCCUCCUCGAAGUCAUCGUCAUUGUCAUCAACACCAUCAUCAUCAUCAUUAGAAUCAUCAUCAUCGUUAGAGUUUUCUUCAUGGCUGUCAGCAAUGUUAUCACAAAGCUCAUCCCCACCAUCAAUGCAGCUGCAAAGAUCACUGAAUUUACUUCCUGCCUUCCGAGACUGAGAUCAAUCUCUUUAGCACAGCCCGGCUUAACUAGUGGGGAACUGCGACUGCUGCCGAUUGUAGUCAUGUCAUUACUGGAACCCAUUCACCUUGAAAGAAACCCAGUUUCUACUUAGCUUCAUUGUCACAAAGUCUUAGUUUAAUAAAAAAAUUAGUUUAAUAUCCAAGUAAAAAUCUUUGUCAAUUUUUCUUCUAAAGGAGACAUCACUGUUUACAAACAUUAUUCAAAUUUGUACUGAACGAGGGAAACAAAAGAAUCUUUUGUUGCAAGAACCAAUGAGCUUCUGGCUGGCGUAUUAAUAUCAACAGCUGACUUCAGCGUGAUGAUCGCUAUGGGUUCGGGUGACGGCAGCUCCGGGUUUUGUACCUUGUAAUUGAGUCAUAUCAUCUUCUGGUAAUGUGCUCGCAAUUUGCCCUCGUUCAAUUUUUUGGAAGAAGUCAUUUAGAUUGGGCUUCCCUCUUUCGAAUAAAUCGGUAAUCACCUCAGCAGUUCUUUUACACUAGAAAUUCGAGUCUUUGGCUGCCACAGCUGGCAGACUAACUUCUCAAUUACAGCAACGGCUCUUGAUGUAGGCUGCGCAGUAGUCCCCAGAUCCGGAAGUGCAACAGACGGCAUCUUCAGCUUCAAGAAACCCUUUCCAACAGGCCAGCUUUCCUCUACCCUCGAGGCUUCCUGGUAAUAUCGGUUCCACUGCUCCACUGUCUUCAUCUUUACGGAGAAUGCUGCAUCCCACCUAAAGAUAAAACUAUUAUUGUCACUUCUACUACAGUAAGCGAUUAAACGGCGUUUAUUCUCAGUUUAAAUUUGAAAGUGACUAACCUGACAAAGAUAUGUCGCAAUUCAACCAUACAAUUGUACUUCUCAGAUGUGUGCGCGGUGGAACAAUAUGGUGAAAUGGUCAGCCAGGUAGGAGCAAUUCUUAAUCCAGUCCAGUUUUUCAAGAGCCUGCACUCUCUUGCCAUUGAAUAGUCCGACCUUCUCUGUAAGAUGUUAUCCCUGUACGAACUGACAUGCAGAUCCUCUUAAUUAUAACCUUCAAUGUUUCUUCAUGCAUCCAGCUUUUCAAGGAUGUCCAUUAAGGUGCUCUUUAAGGAAACGUGAAACAUGGUGCCAUCCGCGGCAUAAAUCAACCUUAGCACUAUUGAGAACUUGUACUGCCCAACAGCUAACUUGAUGUCAAUCUCAAGGUGUGCCUUGCAGGCCUGACAUAUUCAUAACAACAUGAAACGAUUCGCCAGAAGAAAAUGUGCUAACGUUGUAUAGAGUUUCUCGGAUCCUUCUCCUCCUCAUUUCCGGGGCGGGAAGGGUACUCCCUUAUAUGGCCUAUACAGGAAUGUGUCGCUCGACAAAGUAUUGUGUAUGCAACGUCAAGAUUUUAAUUCACCUGUAGAAAGUGUAAAACAGCAAACUGAUCUCUCUGUGUAAAUGAAUAUUUUUUAUUCUAUUCUUUUGUUUACUUAUUUAUAGCCUUGCCAUAAGGUUCGGUUUACCGAUUCUUAUUUUCUACAAGUUAUUAUUGUAUUGAUCUAGGUCUACAACUGGGAGAUCCGGCACCACUCAUUGGUUUGACGUCGUGGACUUGCUGAUAUUUCAUAUUAGCUCAUAUAUUAAUUCACCCGCAAGCAAAGGUUUGGCAUAUAGUGAAAAUGUCCCCUCGUCCACCGGGUGUGCAGGUAACUUGAACCGCAAGGCCAGGAUCGCUAAGGACAGAUUUCUAACGGCCAUGCACGGAACUUCGUGGCAAAGCAUCGUCGACGGUCCUCGAUAGAAAAGAGUCCUUGGUUAUCAUGAGUUAUGCGAGCUGAAAUUUACGUUCUGUGAUCGCUUUGGUCCAGUGGAGGGAAGCAGUAGUUGGAGAACGAUUGUAACCACCUGGGUUAAAUUUGGAGGCGAUUGAAGCAUUUGAAGUGAACUUACGGCACAUUUCUUGCGUUGAAAUGCGGGAACUUCGCUCGUGUAAGUGACCAACCUUGAGUAAUCAAUCGUGUUCGUGAGAACGCAUCCUAAUCUUGGUGUUCCUGUGGCACAAAGCCACAUAUUUUCGAGGUAUCGGGGGCGACUGCCGAGUAGCUACCCCCACUGAGUUUAUUAGGGCCAUCUCGGCCGGGAAACUGGACCCCUUUCGACUCGUUUCCGUUUCCGUGAGUGACGAACCCAGAUCCGUAAUCAAUGAUUACCUCUAGUAUUAACAAAUAUAUAGAGAUCUAUAGAGAGAACAAUGGCAGAACUAAAAAAAAUUAUACCAGGAGACAAAAAAGAAGUUCUGAAGUCCUUCUCGUGCUAUUUUUGACCCCUUAUUACGAUCGCUAAAAUCCCCAUAGUCCUUAUAACAUUUCUGUUAAACAACAACGAUUCUCACUCGUGAGCUUGGGGUACCUGAGGUUAUAUUUGGUGUCACAUAUAUCUUCUAAAUUAAUACCUCAUAACCAAUAAGUCUAUUCUCAGCUGUUUAAGGACUGAUAAUGUCAAAAUUACAUAUUUUGUAGAUUUGGGGAAACCUCGUAAGUUUCCACUAGCUUCCAAAUACUGUACGACAUUUUAACGUCCAGCCUCCUUUCCUUGCUAUAAUGGUCACGUGACCAGUUUAAUUGCUUACCAGAUACGUUUUCAAGUCAGAUACAUCAUUAUGUGUUAUAUGAAAAAUUCUGAUAGCAAUCUGUUGAAAUUAAAGAUUGUUUUCAGGUACUUCAAGUCUCAGCCUCGUUUCCAUGCUAGAAGGCAAACGUCACAUUUUAAAUCCACCCCUGUGGCCGUCGGUGCGAGUUAAAAAAUUGCCGACAACAUUUUUUAUGUUCCUUGGAGUCCCCUUAACACAUCUAGACAGGUGGCUUGCUUUUUUCACAAAAAUCCCACUGAACUUUAUUUCUUGACAUAUGCUCCCAGACUAUUUCUUUGACAACGUCAUUACUACUCUGGAGCGGAGAUGACUGACUGUGAGACUGAGAGCUGGGACGGGACAAAAGGAACUUGGUAUGGCAUUGGUGCGAUGCUCUUCUAAUGAAGGAUACUGCUUCGAAGCUUUUUCAUUGUUUGGUAACCCAAUAACUUGUUGUGGCCGAGGUGAACUAUCUCGACCGUUUAUCGUGAACUUAGAGGGGUCAGGAAACAAGGAUUGCUCUACAUCACUUGGAAUCUCUUCAAAAUGUUUGGCUGAACAUGAAGGGAGCUUGUCUCUGUUGUGAACACUGAGAGUCCUGGAUUCAGUUGUAGAACGCGGUAACCGCGGGGUGGUACAGUGCGGGACUACAACACGGGAGUACUGGGCAUCGUUAGGCUGGGUACCAGGAGGUCCUGUUGUUUUGGGCCCACUUGGUAUAGAUGUAGAGCUGAGGCUAAAUAGGACUUGAUUUCUUCUCUAAUAUUCUCGACAUUAUUAUCCUGGAUUCUCGCGUUUGGCAGUGGGCUUCAUGUAAUGAAAUGUUUGAUCUCUUUUGCCUGACAAGGGUGGUGGGCGAGGUGUUAAUCUCCUUUGCAAAUUUUCGGAGUUUCGAGACUUUUGUUUGGAGAACAUGACAGCUUCACUAGAAAUGAUGUUAACACUCGUGUUCUGCAUUAUGUUGUCAUUUUUGUGGAAGGGUUCUUGUGAACCGUUAGAUACUUGGCUGCUCGUAUUUCGCUUCAGUUGUGCAAUGAAAUCUUCAUUGGAUGAGUGUUCAUCAAGUGCUGCUAAAUUCAGAUCACGUCGGUGUUGCUGUGGCGAAUUUCGAUAAUUAUCUCUUGUUUGAUUAUAAGUGUAAUGUGGCUGAUUAUUAGAUCUGCGAGCGGGAAAUGAUUCUUGAGGCAGUAGGUGAGGGCUUGGCUCUCUGCGUUCGGGGCAGUUGAUUGCAAGAUGGCGAAUUCGUCCACAGGUAAAACAGCGUGGCUGUCCUUCUCUUGACCUUUGACGUGGUAUUUCUUCGAGCCAGCCCUCGUCUGCGGGCAUCAAAGUGUCGAUCAAGGGACUGAAUCUUAUCCAGGAGAAGCUCUUUCAGUUCGUGAAUAUCGAUUUUCUCGUGUGGUCUGGCAAGAGCUUCAACCGAAGUCUGAUUAGUGUCGUUUUGCGAGGCAAAUCCUACUUUUGGUUCACUUGUUGGUUUCCGAAGCUGACUUAUGGAAGCAAAAAUGGCAUUAUUUUGUUCCAUCAUAGCCAUCAACUGCUUAUCUUCAGAGGGAACAUCUUGUUUGGCUUUUAAAACACUUGGCAACAAUAAGGAAUUCAUUGUCUGCGUUAAGUUGUUACCUUGCGUGAGAAUGGCUGUCUUGAGGGAAGUUACUCAUAGUUGUUUUUACAGCACAUACUAAUCUUGCAAUCUCUUGUGCUUCACGGAAUGUUCGGGGCUGUUUGAGUAAAACUGUUUCUCGUACAUCGGAUCUUAGCCCUUGAACGAAAUAUCUCAUCUUAUCAGCGUCGGAUAUGUUUAAUCUUCGGAACUUGUUGGUCAAAUCUGUCAGGCAAACAUCCAACGGUUCAAGUGGUCCUUGCUGUCGAGUAGAAACGGCUUGCCAAGUGAUCCAACUUUGAUUAUCAUUGGCAAAUCUUUCUCUUAGGGCAUCACGUAACUGGUUAAAAGUUUCUCUUUGAUCAGCGGGCAGUGAAUAAUAGAUAUCUUCGGCCGGACCAGCGAGAUUUAAUUCAAGUUCCGCUAAGGCGGUAGGACUCGCAGGGUUGAUUCGUCUCAACUUCAGAUAGCUUUCAAACUUGUUUAACCAACGGGAUACAUAUUUAGAGUCAUAACCAUGGAAAAAAGGAGGGCGGUGCGUACUCGUGGACUCUGGUAUCGGGGCAGUCUCUAAAGCUGUACUCGUUUUCUUUUGUUGGGCCUGGAUGGCGGCUGUUUGUUCUUGUAACUGUUUAAGCAAUUCCGCAGACAGCGCGUCAGUUUCACGUAACUCUUCUAAGGGGUGAUCUUCCUUGUUAUCGUCUGUAAAAUUACUUGCUUGACUUGUUGCUUCGUUCUCACUGACGCUUGAUUCAAAUCAGUCCUCGGUGAGAUUGUCUCUCUCAGAGAACGGUCUUCGAAGAACUAGUUUAAUUAAAUCGGCGGGUGAAUUAAUCACCAAAGACGGUAACUGUAUGGCGUUUCUGUUACGGUUCGAGGACUGGUCUGGUUUGUCGUCAAUAUCGGAAUCACUACUUUCUUCUUUUGAAUGUUCAAUGUAAAAUGGGUUGAACUGAUACGAUCGUUCGGGACAAGUCCGGGGUGUGUGUGUGUCGUGAAGUUGUUCUUCAGAGUCGCUCCGGCGCACAAAGGAUUCGUCGUCGCUGUCGACACUGAUAUCUCGGGGAUCAAAAUCUGUAACUUCGCCUUGAGUGGGGGUACAGUAUGCGGUUGAACGUCGGGAUGACUUUAGAACUUGGUUUGAACUUGGGAUUGGACACGUAUAACUUGGACUGGUAUUUAGGUGCUCUUCAACUUCGGUAUCGCUUUCAGGACUUGAAAGAAAAUGAAAAGGUAACUCAGCAAAUAAAGCUUCACGGUCUUCGUCGGAUAAAUCGGCUUGUGUUUCUUGGUUUGCUACGGACACAACAGGCUUAAAAAGGGGAGCGUAGCGCUUGUGGCUCCUCAAACAAUAUCUUGGAAAAGUCCUCGUUAAAACUUUCUUCACUUUCUUCACAGAAUGCACAUAGGUCAACAAAUAGGUGUUACUCGUGUACUUGGGCGACUAAAAGCUUUUCAUUAGCCCUCCAAGGGAUUUACAUAGCGUGGCUACGAACUAUCAAGCUUGUGUAACUGCUUCGUUCUUGCUUAUCCUCAAUUGUUCCAUUUGAAGCUGCUCUGUUUCUCUAACCACUGUGACGAUAGUUUUUGCCCUUCCAAGCACAAAUCGGGGAAAUAGGCGUUAAGAGAAUUCGAAGUGACUUCGGCGUAAGAACAACAAGAGGGAAAACUAACUCUGCAACUCGCUUGGCUAGCGGGAAAGGAACUCGUCACUAUUCCAAGGUACUAGGAUCUGCUACAACUGGAAACAGGACAGGACUCAAACCUGGACUUUAACAGUUUAAUCUUCAGCUCGUGAACGUAAAUCAUGCAGUCAUGUAAAUCCGCAAUGUAAAUCGAAAAAUAGGAAUAACAGUGCUCUAUUUAUACUAACCGAUCAACUUAUUACAAUAUCACAAAACAAAUGGAAAGGAGGCUGAAUAAAAUCAGCUGAACAGCGAAAACAAAUCUGGAUAAAUUCAGUUUUAAAGUUCAUAUGUUAAACUAAAUAACUCAAAAUUAAAUGUCAGUCAAGCAAGUGAAUUUUAGGAAACCUACAAAGAAAGCUGUGUAAAAGAAUUCGAGUUUCCUUUGCUCAGGAUUCCAUGAAAUGUCAAAACUAAAACCUACGAACAGUUGGUAUUUGAACAGGCGAAAGAUCCAGUUAUUCAAAUCUCAAAUCUUUAUUUUAUUGCGGUAAAGAAAUUCAUCAGGUUUUUUGUCACAUAUAAAGUACUGAUUGCUUCACAAGUACAACUACAUAACAAUAAUUCAGUGACUAAGCUGUAUAAUUAUCCAGAAGCAAAUUAUCCUUUUAAAAGUAAAAAUUGAAGUAAAAUGUGUAUAAUUUAAGGGAACUAAAACAACUCAAUGCAAAUUCAAUGUAAAUUACGGCUAACACAACUUCAAAGGGAAUAUUUAAAAGCUAGAGAUAAAAUUCGAAUCAAAUAAAGAAUACAUGGGAAAUCUCUUCUUACAACGGUAUUUAAAACACGAACAACCCAUAUUCCCCUGAUUCACUCUGACGAAAGGCUAGCACUCGAAACGUCACCUUCUCCAUCCUCCUGGGGUGGUCAAUCUACUUUAUCAACUCAGUUGAUAGAGCGGAAAUAUUUGCAUUUCACCCCAUCGCCGAUGCAACAUCACAGUUUCUUUACAAACUAGUGCCUUUUUUAGUCCGCUGGCCAUUAAAUAAGUCCUCUCGUUCCGCUUUUCGCAAUAUCCCCCAAAUGGAGAGCUUGCUCGCAGGCUAAAAGAUGACCUGUAUUCUUGAGGCAGCGAUAUGGUUAAGGAAACCUGGGACCAGGCUCCGCAUUGGGGGAAAUCGGCUUGAGCGAAAAAAAAAGAAAUCGGCGAGCGAAGCGAGCGGAGAGGUAGUCUGGGGACGGAAAGGGUGGCGGAGCCUGGAGGCAUGCUUGUGAUGCUGCUGAUCCGCUCAACAAGUCAAGUUCUCAUCGCGGAUGUCAGCGUGAGCUUAUUACAGUCCGACCUCUAUUAAGCGGCCACCCUCGGGACUUUGAAAAGUGGCCGCUUAAUAGAGGUACAAUUUUAUAAUAAAUUGGAUAGGAAUGGCAGCAAACAUGAUUUUAUUGACUCUAUAUAGCAAAAUGCUUUUAAAAAGUGAACAUAUAUGAAGAUAAAUCCAAAAUUCAUUGUAACAAAACAACCAGUGCAUUUCCAGCCCAUGCAUAGUUCUAGCUCUAACACAGAGGGCAUGUAGUUGAAAUGUACAGUAUUUCUUCGGUUUGAUAAUGUACAGAAAAAAUGCAAAACAUCGUUGACAAGUUUCUUAGGCCUUUUUGCAUCAACAGUGUAGUAUGUGAAAAAAUUUAGCUCAAGAUAUUUCACGGACGAUUCUAUUUAAAAUAAUCCGUCAAUGCUGUUUGCUGUUUUGGGGCGCAGAGUUGUAAUGACGAGAUCACGUUAUUUGCCUUUCCUACAGCUUUGUUUGUAUAGCGCCGGAUGUGAAAAGUUUGCACGUGUACGCGGCUUGUGACUUAUUAUAGUGGAGAUUAAAUUGCAGUUCUUGUUUUCUUGUUGUUAUCAGUUAUCACCUUAUAUCAUCUGUCACCAUUUCGCUAGGAAAGAUUAUUUGCUGGCCGCUUAAUGGAGGUAAAAAACCAUAUAAAUAAUACAUUUGCGACAGCAAAAAGGUGGCCGCGGCUACUUAAUAGAGGUGGCCGUUGAAUAGAAGUAUCAAAUACAGCAGUUUACUGACAAGUGAAUCGGGACUUUGGAAAGUUGCUGCUUAAUGGAGGGUGGCCGCUUAAUAGGUGACCGCUUAAUAGAGGUCGGACUGUUUGUCGCUUUUCUUUUGAUUCUUAUGUUAAAUGUACCAGACGAAUUAUUGCUUUAGGAAAUUUAUAUUCCGGGGAGGAAAAAUGCGUAAGUUUCGCACCUUAUGCGACAGACUAUUGAGUUUGAGUGUAUUCCUGUUGAAUUCGAUGUCCGUUGGUUCUCCGUAACGUUGUGAUUUACCCGUUCUCGGAGCACCGGGCUUAGCUGUACGCAACUUGCAUUCUUUGCAUGUAUCCAUUGAUUUUUGGGUUUUAUCAGGCUUUUGGUAGGAGCGUGAUUUAUGAUAAUGCUGUGCCCUUUGAACGUCGGUUUAUAAGUCAAUUGCUUUGUAAAUUUGACGGUAGUUUAUCACAGGAAAGUAUAAGAAAAGCCGAACAUUUUCAAUGCUUAAUUUUUCUUUUUGCAACCGAUCACAGGCAUAUGUUUUUUCCUCUUCUUAGAGCCGAGGGAUAAGAGAAAAGUCUCGCAAAGAAAUUUUUUUUGCUUGCUCGAAAUUAGUGUUGAAAAAAAAAAAUUUUCCAGAAUAGUAGGAACGUGACAUUGAAAGAGCGCGAUACUGUCAACAGCACCGCGAAUCCGUCAACAUGAAGACAUUUGACCAAUCAGAGCAUGAUAAGAGAUUCUGGUAUUAGGGAACGGCGGUAUCAAAGGCAUAUGUCUCCAGGCUCCGCCGCCCGUUCCCCCUCCCUAGACCACCGCUAGGCUUGCUUCUGCCGCCCGUUCCCCCUCCCUAGACCACCGCUAGGCUUGCUUAGCUCGCCGAUAUUUUUUCUAUUUGACCCCGUUUUUUGCCUUUUUCCCCCACUGUAGAGCCGGGUCCCAGGCUAACGCGGGCAAAGCGGGUUGCCUUCAAGUCACAUGAUAACCCAAAGAAAAAGGCUGACCUUGGGUGUUAACAAUUGCACAAAGAAACCGUUUGGCUGAUGAGUGGCAAAUGUUGAGGACUUUUACGACAGGAAGAGGUGCUGCUUCCAUCAAUUUUCCCUCUAAUCAGCCAACAACGAAAUACUUAUGAUUAUGGCUGGAAAAUUGGACAUUGUCGAUUUCUUGUUCUUUAAUUUAUUCAGUUAAAACAGUUAAAAGAAAAUCUCUCAAAAAUUGUGAAUAGAAGAACCUGACACUUGCCACAUUUGUUUAAAAAGUAUGCUGUACGAGGUAUUCUAACUUGGGAGCUAAAAUGGGGAAGGCUUUCUAAGGCGAAUGAAAAAUGCCACUAUCUUCCGAAAUCUAUACCGAAACACCCCAAAAUUUCUCCCUGUUUUAUUGAAUUAGAAGAAAUCAUUAAAUAUUGUUGUUUUUUUUUGUCUUAGAAAAGUGGUAGCAAGGUCAGCGUUAUUAAUUUAUCUUUCUACUUUUGUUUAGUGACAAUUGGAACAACUUUGACUUCGCCUGCCUUGUAAUCUAUUUCAUCAUACUGAUAUUGAGAAUUGUCACAUGGGUCAAUGCUGGAUCAGUUGCGAACAACAGAGCCCUUGUUAUUGCUGGCUAUAUGUACAGUUUUAACACCUUGUGUCUUACUCUUCGAGCCUUUGGCCAGGUGACGGAACAACUAAAAGAUGUUGGCACCGUCCAAAUUGCCCUGUUUAGCAUCCUCAAAGAUGUUCGCACAGUAUUAUCGCAGUUCCUUGCUGUAAUCUUGGCAUUCUCCAUCGCUAUCACGAAGAUUUACAUCUCCGAGAGAUCUUUUAUUGCAAACGAGAGUGAACGACAUGAAACGUAAGCAUCGAAAUACGUGUAAAAAUCUUAAGGUGAUUUUCUAGUAAAAGAACUGGACAUCGGUAGAUUUUCAAUGAAACUUGGAUCAACGUUGUAACAAGUCAAGAGUAUGAUAAAACCGUAAUAAAAAGUGGAGAUCAUCGUGGUUGUUUUCACGGUACAAUGCUGACAAAUACUGCUAUUUAGGCAAAAACUGCGCGCAGCACAAAACUAGACAAAUAACCGCGAUUUUUUUCCCAUGAAGCCUGUGAUAUCGCCCAGAAUUUCAAUUCUAUUGUUCAUCCACCUACGUACCGUAAAAUUCCGUUGAAUACCUUUGUUUUUACUUCACGCUGAAAAGUAGACUUAAUUUGUAUAUGCGCUGUUCAAGUCGUUAUAGCUCAAUCCGUACAAUUUAGUUAAAUUGCCAUAAAACUAAAGAUAGAUUACUGCCUACUUUUUUUUCUCCUUGAAAGGAAGCACUAUUCUUAUUAAAAUCACAAAAUAAAAAAUAGGGGCAGGCGUACUCGUUUUUAAGGUAGAGCUGCAGAAGAUGCGCACCACUUGGAUUCCUUUCGAGUUUGAGCGAGGACUAGGGCGAGUUUCGAAAUGGCAUGUAGGUGGAAGGUAAAAAAAAACCAUUGAAAAAUACAUAAAAUAACAUUAAGAUAUCGCAAUUAUGACGCUACGAGAUAAAGGUGGAGCUUACCUGCCAUUUGUGGUUAUUCAGCACAAGUUUGAUAUCCACUAUCGAAGACCUCGGUGAGGCAGUGGAACUGAAACUAUCUGAAAUUUACUUUUUUUAGGUUGGAAAGUUUACGUAUUUAGUAUAAAAUAGGCCUGGUCCCUAAUGUAUUAAAAGAAAUGUUUCUAAUGACAAAUCAAGUUCAUUCCUAAAAUACCAGAAAUUCAAAUACUUUCUGCUUAUUUUCUGCACGAAAAAAUAUGACUUUUUGGUAUAAGAUUUCAGGGUCCUAAAUUUUUCAACUCACUAAAUAACAAUAUACAAAGUGCUGCUACUUCUUAGUUGAUGAACCAUUUGGAAAUAAUACUUGUUUUUUGUUGCUUUUUGUCUGUUUUGUCCGUUUUGUUUUGCUUGCUUUUUAUUCUAAUUAUAUUUCAGUAUGAUUUUGCCACUUAUUUUUUCAUUAUAUUUUGUCUUAAGUUAGGGAGGGCGCUCCUAUAAUAAGGUUUCUAUUUGACCUUUCUCACCAGAAAAUACUUUUGAUUCUUUUACUUCCAAUUUACGUCUCUUUAAUCUUUAAUUUUUUUAAUAUAUUGAAUUUUUGUAUGCAAAUGUAUUUUUUUUUUGACAAAAAAAAAAAAGUCUAAAACUGAAACUGAAUCAAAACGCGUCUGGCCGCUUACGUUAUGGACAUUCCCAACAAAUUGAGUCUCAACUCGUCCAGAAAAAACUGCCAUUGAAAAUUCCACUAAAGUUUCUUUGAUCGAAUUCAUUUUAAUGUUUCUGAAUAAGCACUUUUUCAUUGCGGCCGCCUUGUUAUUCGCAGUGAGAGAUGCGUACUGCAAAACCAGGGAAUCAACGCAAGUGACUUUGGUCCAAAAUACCCUUCCCUAGAUCCAAGUGAUUCAAAAUCUCUCGGGCUUCCAGAGCGACUAGAGUUUUGAUUUUUCCUCUUGACCGUGCAAUUUUUGCUGCUUUUAAUAGUUGCAAACCCCAACCAGAUUAUUUACAUAUUAGGCUCUUCAAUCUACGUUGUAGAACAAACACGUUUUUUUCUUGUUUUUUUGUUUAAUUACGCAUUUCAGACAACGUGACCUCCUAGCGGAAUUUUUUAUUUCCAUCGUCUUUUAAAAACAUACAUGAACAGGGUAAACCUCUUUCUGUGUCUUCUUAAUUCGUUUUCUUCCCUAACUUUGAAAUUAUUGUAAUCGCGCAGGGCCCAAACACAGGGCCCACACAUUGACAGUCGUCAAGUGUGUAUGUAUGUGUGUAUGUAGUUAGGUAUUAUUAUUAUUAUUUAUUCAAAAUAUUUCUCUGUUUCUGAUUGGCUCAAAUCCCAUGUAUAAUUCAUCAUAACCAGCCACUGUUGACCAAAAUUGGAAAAAGUUUGCGAUAUGUAAAAAAUGACGUCAAUAUCUACGGCAUAAUUGCCAGAAAACUGGACAGUUGACAGAGAAGCCCUGGAGACGAGGUUGAUUUGUUUUGGUAGAGCAAUGCAAAAUAGCCCAAAAUUUUACUCGUUUCGCUAACUACGGGCUAAAAACAUAGCAAAAAAGGCAAGAAUACAACUCGACGGACGACAUUUGCUAUUUGGAGAAUAUUUGCAGUAUUAAACAUCCCUAUAUUUCCUAAACUAGCCGAUAAACAGACAAUUGAAGAUGAACUUAACAUCGGUGGAAGUAAGCAUGUUUUAGCAUGUUUUAAAGUAGGAAUUAUUUUGAAUGAAUCAUAAAACAAUUAUUGAAUUCGGCUAUCGUAUCAUCUGAAGAAUUAUGUGGAUCUCAGAGGGUGUUAUCCACCUCGGCCUAAUCGGCCUCGGCGGAUAACAUCCUCCUCGAUCUCCAUUAUUCUUCAGUUGAUACGAAGCCUCAUCGAAUAAUUGUUAAUAACAAUAAUAAUAAUAAUAAUAAUAAUAAUAAUAAUAAUAAUAAUAAUAAUAAUAAUAAUAACACACCAUACUUUAAAAAGGCCAUAUUCUAACAAGGACGUCACUUUGCUUUUCAGUGCCUGCAAGGAAUCCGGACUUUCUUGGUAUGUGUUGCCCAGCAAUGUUAGUGUAAAUCCUAUUCAUACCUCCGUAGUUUUUGGUUUCUUGGACACUGCUAAGAGAGAGGGGUGUGUUCAAAUUUACGAUUCUAUCUGAGUAACGAUCCAGGCGGCAGUGUUCUGAACAUAUUAAAGUUUCUUGAACUGGAUUUUUCUUCAAAAGUAGAGCAAGGAAUCGCAAUAGUCUAGUUUAGAUGUUUUCAAAGGGACCUAGAGCAGAGCCCUGCAGAACGCUUACAGUCAGUUCCCUAACCGACGAUUCUGCAUCAUUGAUUUAGGCAAACUGAGAUCGGUCAGACAGAUAAUAUAUGGAUUUAUCCAGGGCUAAAAGCGAAGCUUCCAUUAAUAAAUUUAUAAUUCAAAUCAAACAAUAAACUUGUAAUCCACAAAUCGGUUAACUUAAGGGCACAUUCAUGUGACUUUUGAGGGAAAGGCUAAGUGAUUUUAGAGUGAAACAUCUUACAUCGCAUUAAGCAAGGUGAAAAACGAAAACGAUGCCAUUCGAAACUUUCACAAGCGACUCAUCUCUCGACCAAAACAACACUAAACAAAGUAGCCAUGAAUAACAGAAGACUCUUGAUAGCAGCUGUAUUUCAUUUUGUACAUCCAGUGGAAAAAGACAGUUAAAAACAUCACAAGUUGGCGCAAAACUCUGUCAGCUUCAGCUGUCAAAGUAAACAAGUUUCAAGAUGCUACAUAAAUUUUGCGCAUGAACUCACCUGUGAAAUUUUGACCAAUCAGAGCAUAAAAAUUGGACGUAGAACGUGACCAACGCGUGACCUUGGUAAGAAAAGGUCUUCCCCGCCUGUAUUUAGAAAUAACUGGCUGAAUUUUCGCGUCCGAGGUUAGUUUGAAAUCAAAAUCUUAAUAGUGCGGGGUCAUAGUGACAUAAACAAAACAUAUUUCAUAUGAAUUAUUUGAAAGAAUAGACUUGAGCCUGCGAUCAUUUGAAAGCUAGUAACUUGUCAGCGGAUAACUUCAAAAAAGUAUUCGAUCUCGAUGGGUCGACACCUGAGCCCGCGAUACGGUCAGGUGAUACUGGUCAGCGGAUACCUUGUUUUGACAGCUGUCAAUUGAUCCAUAGAUAUUAUCCAUAAUUGAUCACAACAUUGAUGUGCAAUCAGUUUUCUCCUGGGCUCCCAAAGUGGUUAGAAAGUGUGAAAGUAAACAUUGGUUUUCCUGUGGUGCGGACGGACGGAAGGUCGCUUCGUGUACGGUCACGUGAUAACCAAAUUUUCUGGGAUGGGUAGAUUUACUUAGCUAUGGGGCUCCGCCGCACGCGCGUGGAGCUCCACUAUGAAUGAAACCACUGCAAAACAGUUCGCGUAAUGCCAAACGAGUUCUCUAAACCCGAAAGUAGCAAAGAAUGGUUCACCGUGUCAAAUGCCAAUGACAAGUCCAGUAACAAUAGGAACACAUUGUCCCCCCUGUUAUUUGUCAGAUGUCAUUUGUGAUCAUUAGCAAUGCGGUCUUUGUACUGUGGUGUGCUUUUACGCAGAUUGAAAAAGUUAAUGCAAGCCAUUAUCCGUGAGAUAAUUAUUCAGCUGCACAAAUACAGGCUUCUCUCGUCGUUUUGAAAGAAACUAAUUCAAAAUGGACACCGGGCAGAAGUUAGAAAAUUGCUCAAAGUCAGCAUUCGAUUUCUUCAGUAGCGGCCGCAACGAAGCGAUCUUCAGAUCCUUUGGCAUAGAUCCAGUCGACAGCGAGAGAUUGAUUACCGUUUUGAAUACCGCGACAGGAGCUGAGUAGCAACUUUGCAUUUUGGUUGCUGGUAGGGAAUCAAGCUUACAAGCCUUGAUAGUAGAACAUCUGAACAGUUUCAAGACAUCCCCAUCAGUGACCAAAUCAAAAACACUAAACCAUGACGGCAGGCCGGCUUAGCCAGACCAGGGGAGUCAGCGAGUCCACUUUUCCUAAGAACAAGCUCCUCACGAAUCCUUCUAUCUUGGAAGCGAAAGAAUCUGCUAAAGUGAUAGCAAGUUGUUGAUCAUUAUCCGCGGAAGGAUAAUGAUUCUCAGUUUGCCUAUGCAGAAGCUUAUCUGUAGAUCGAAAGAUGAGCCUGGUGUCAUCGGCGUUGUCUUGGAUAACCGAAGAAUUAAAACGAAUAAAUUCCUUGACUUUGUAUAGCAUUGUAUUCACAACACUACAUCUGUCCGACCCAAGGCGGCUAGAGCGCCACCUAAGCUGUAACCUGUGCCGCUUCCUCUUCUUAUUGCAAGUAUCCUCGUAAUACCAGGGGGCGUUUGGACGAAUGACGAUGGUCAAAGACUUCACGGGAGUCAAUAUGUCCAUGAUAUCGCGCAAGACUUUGUCAUACCUGUUAACCAACAACUCCAGGGGAAGAUAAGAUAAUAAUUUAUUAUUGUUAAUAUCAUUAGUGAUAAUUUUCAAGUGCCUUACCCCGGCCCGAGAUUAAAACGUGAGAAAAUGCAUCAUUAUUGCCCAGGCAGAGAGAAAGUGGGCUCUGCUGCAAUUGACCGAUGCAUGAAGAAAAAUAACAAUUAAUACUAAAUAGUGAAAUUCCUGUUUACUCACAGUUGGUGGGCGAUGCUUUCCCUCCUGGGCUGGUCCCUGCUGGAUCGUUCUGAAGACAGUGGCCCCAUGACAUCCGUGGAUCCUCCCUCGGCCUUACUUGCUCGAAUUUUCUACGCUACUUUUCUUAUCGUGGGAGUUGUUCUUCUCAUUAACAUGCUGAUAGCCUUAUUGUCCAAUACAUAUCAGAAAAUAGAGGUAAAGUUUAAUGGCUUAGUGUUUUUACGCUCGUGA